GAUUGUUUACACAUUUGGUCUAGAAAUGUUUCUAAUAAUAGCACGUCGAGAGAUCAUCUCUUUGGGCGCAGGAUGGGAAUUCAGGUGAAUGGAGCAGAAGAGGCGCAUUUUGAGGGUGCCUCCGAGGGGUUUACUUGGCACACACACACAACGCAAGAAAAAGGGGGAUGAUGGCAUGUGUGGAGUAAAAUCAAUACUUCCGAGCCGGUCAUUUGAGGUGCGCACUUCCCCUCAUUCUGUGCAACCCUCCUAGCUUAGUAGCUCCAUAGUAAAGAGCUCACGUGAAUUCCUACAGGAGCUGUAGAGUGCAUUACAUUGAGAGCUGGUACGCGAGUGUAAUUUUUCUGUGUGAUUCUGUUGCCAUCCCAGGGUGUUUUUUGGAAGUAUUUCUCAACAACAGAGAUCGUGACCCACUUCAGUGGUGAUUUUCUCUAUAACAAUAAAGUUGACAAUCUUAACAUUCAGUGUGAUAAGGUAUAUCUAUAUAUGUAGUAGCUUUUCCGUUGCGUGGGCACCAUCUGGAAGCACUUGAAACGAGAAUUGCACGAAUCGCAGCGCCGGGAUAUGCGAAAAAGACUGCUGUGGUGCCCAUACAAAAUUAAUAGUGUCGACACGAAAGUCAGUCAGUAGUACUCCGGACACCAAAUCAAUCGUUUCGCUUUUUGUGGCUACACGCGCGCGGUUUCUUUCCCUUGCUCGUGGUGAAUGCAAAGGAAAAUUGUGUGUGAUAGUAUUUCUCUCAUAUAUAGCAUUUUCCAACCACCCCCGCCCUGUGUGCCAAUCGAUUGAAGAUUGUGACGAGAGGAGGCUGUCAUCGGGAUUCCCCUUCCGCUGUGCUCCCAACAAUUUUCCACAGAGGAAAAUUUUCCACCACCAAAGAACGCGAGUACAACACAAAUCAACGGUUUGAGGUGCAAAUUUCCUUCAUAAGACUUGCAUUUUGCACUCUUGUGCUAAUAAAUCAAUAGUUGAGUGUGCCUGAAGAGAGAAAGAUCUCUGUGAAGUUCCGCCUGAGAAUAAAAUUUCUGCUGACUAACACAAUCCCAUCAGGAGAUUUAUGGAGAAGAUGUUGUUGAAGAAUUUUUUUUCUUUCUGAUACUACAAUCAACCUGCUAAAGUGCCCAUUUCCCAGAGAGACUUUCUUAUCACACUUUUUUUGUUAAAAAAAAUUCACACCAAAAGAGCUGCUAACAAGACUCAAAAUUGCAAGUGUGUGCUAGGUCUCUAUAUCGUGUGUUGUAUACCAACUUAGGCUGGAAAAGGAAAGAAAAAAAAAGUAAAAUAAAACGAGUGUUAAGAAGCCCCAAAGAUAAGAGUGGCUGCGGUGUUGAAUCAAGAUUGGGAUAUAUCCACAAUAAUUUCUUGAGGUUUUCUCAGUUUUCUCCUCUUCUAUCUUGAGCUUACUGUGGCAAAUUGUCGCUUAAAUUUAGCUUUUAUAAAGAAAAGGGGAAAAUAAACGUGAAAAUGGAAGUGUGCUGCUUGAAGAUGGCAUCCAGGUGCAGACCCGCCCGAUCAGCUCUAAUGGAUGGAGUUCGAUUGCCGCCUGUGGGAUCAUCCCAGCAUGAUUGUGGUUCACUGUCGCGCGUGGUGAUGGUACGGAAGCGUGAUCAGCGGCUGAUCAACCACAAAGGACAAGGUGAAAAUCAAUGUGAGAUCGUCACUUUUGAAACAAUUCAAACGUACAAAGGACAUAAGCCAGACAGGACAAUCGUAUUGAAGGAAACAUGCGACAUUGGGGAUCUCACGGAAUCCAUGAGGAAUUCCCUGAGCUCCAUGAAAAUCUGCACAAGCACACCACAAACGCCAGUUGCGCCAAAUUCAUUGGAACCACCUGCUAUCACGAAUGGCAUUUCGGGCAAUUCCACGCCAAAAUCUUCACGGCAGAAUAGUCCAAAUCCGGGUACUAAGUCCCCAAACAGUCGUACCAUGAAUCUCAGCUUACGCCACAAGACACCAUCGCCAACAAAUAGACGGCGCACCGGGGUGGCCCCAAUCUUCAGUGACUUUGAGGUGGAUUGCCUGAAGGCACACAAUGACUUCCGGGCUAGGCACUGUGUCCCUCCGUUGAGGCUGAAUAAGAAGCUGUGUCGGCAUGCUGAGGAAUGGGCCAAGAUUAUCGCGGCCAGAGGAACUCCAGUUCACAGAAAUAAUUCCCCAUAUGGUGAGAAUAUUUUCUGUGCAUGGUCAUCCGGCGGGGGAGGUGUGACUGUGUCUGGUCGUGAUCCUGUUGAGAAUUGGUAUGCUGAAGUGGCAAAUCACACCUUUCACCGGGAACCUGCAACACUCAAAACGGGUCACUUUACUCAAGUUGUUUGGCUCGAUAGUCGUGACUUGGGCGUAGGUCAGGCACGCAAUCGCUCAGGGCAGGUCUUUGUGGUGGCAAAUUACGAUCCACCGGGAAAUUUUAUUGGGAGCUUCACGGAAAAUGUUCCCCCUGUUGGGGGCUUUCGGCGAAUUGUUGAGAUUGAGAGCGAGAAAACCUCUCCAACUGUUCACUUUGCCGAAGCCGUGGAUUUGCGGGAGUUUGCCGAUGCUAUUCUGUUGCAUCACAAUGAAUUCCGCCGGAAGCAUGGAGUGCAGGAUCUAACAAUUUGCCCCGAAGUUACACUCGUGGCACAGGAAUGGGCUGAAACUCUCGCAGCUCAGGAUAGAUUUGCACAUCGUCCCAAUUCCUCAUAUGGCGAAAAUAUCUACUGCCUAUGGACGUCUGAGAGCAAUGCCCGUGCAAAGCCGCGAGAUGUUUGCCGAUCAUGGUAUGAAGAAGGCAAAGGAUACACAUACGGUGUAGAACCCCGUGGAACACUACGUGCUGGACACUUUACUCAACUCAUCUGGCGCUCCUCUCGAUACCUGGGGGUCGGCAUGGCUAGGACGGAAAAGGGGAAGGUUAUAGUUGUAUGCAACUACCAUCCACGAGGGAAUAUCGGUGGGCACUUCAUUGCAAAUGUACUCCGUCCCAAGAAUACAUGAUUCUAAAAGCUUUUACUUUUUGUCACCUGACGCAAGUUUUUUCGCUUUUCAUGCAAUUCAAGUCCCAAAGAUUUUAAUAAAAAAAAUUACGUGGGUCUAAUCAGGAGAAAAGAUGAAAAAAUUAAGAAAAAAAAUAAGCGCACAUAGAAGUGCGUCUUUGUAUUUUUAGCACAUUUUUUCGCGCCAAAUUUCACACCAAAUAACAGAGAAUUUAUUAAAAAAAAAACAAAUAAUUAAUAUAAUUUUACAAAAUAAGUAGUGAAAUUCCAAAGAGCUUUACACCUUUUAAGUAUUUUGUUCUCAAUUGAUUCUUGAACAAUAUAUGAAUAUAUUAUUUCUUUAUGAAAUAUCUGUGCCAAAUUGCUUUUGAAACUUUAGCGAGUUUUGCUCAUUGAAUGAAAAAAAAAAAAGCUUCAAAUAUAUUAAUCUUUUGAACCGGAAGAAUAAUUAAUAAAAUAGUAUAAAGUAGAAAAUCAAAAAUAAAAUUUAAGUUUUGAAUUGUUAUUAUUAAUUUUUAUCAUAACUAACUUUAUUCUGAUGGGAUAAAUCUUAGAAAAAAAAAUUUUUCAAAGAUCUAGACCAUCUAGACGGUUUUUUUUUAAAUCUGCUUAACUUUAAAUCUAAUCAAUUUUAUUUAUAAUAACAGAUUUUUAUAAAAAAAAUAAUUUUCGUGUGUUCAUUCAAUGAGUGAUUUUACUUCGAUUUAAAUAAAUAAAAGUUCAUUUAUAUUUAAAAAGAAAAUACGCACAUUUUCGUUAAUAUUGCACUUAUUUUUCAAAUUUAUACUAAUUUAAAUUUUAUAUGAAUAAGGAAAAAUUAGAAAAUUUAAUAAAAAAAGAAAAAUGGGAAUUUCACAAGUAAUAAACCAAAAAAAACAUAAUAAAAAUAUUUAUAUAUAAAUAAAUAAAUAAAUAAAUAAAUAUAAUAAUGCAUAAGCUUGUUAUGAAAACAAUGAUUGAACUCAGAGGACUGAAAAUUUUGGACUGACCGUAGUUAGAUAUUUUGUAAAUGAGUGCUAAGUGUUGGGAGGCAAGAUGGGCGCAAUGGGAUAAAAUAUAGUCGCAUUUUUUCUUGUUAAUAAUUAUAAUAUAUUUAUCUAAUAUUAAGAAGAUUAACAUAACUUUUAACUUUAGCUCAUUACAGUUUAUAAUUCCUUCUCCUUCAUUUCCAACUUCUAUAUAAUGAAAUAAUAAAGAAUAUUUAGUAAAUAA